UUUUACGUGUCAUACUCAUAAAUCAUGGAAUUUUGUUUUGGUUUGGUCCGUUCCAUAAUUAAUUAAUUAAUUCAAUAAUUAAAUAAAAUAGGCCGAGGACAAUUUGUCCUUGUGGUAUAAAACUGUUACACUUCAAGUUGCAAUAAAAUGAGUUUAUCGGGGUCUUCGCGACAAAGUUUAUCUGGCUCAAGUCCGAUGAAGAAUGGUCACGACCAACCAUUCCGUGGAGCUGGUGAAACUGUAUGUGUGGGCAGUCAAAGUGGCAGAUUUGUUAACCGAUUAGAUGAACAGGACCGUGAAAUUGCAGCAUUGAAGGAUCGCUGCGACCUCCUUACGGCGCACUGUAUCGGCCUAGAGAAAUGGAAAUGCUCGGUGGAAAAAUGGAUCAGGGAAGAAUUUGAUCCCAACUUUCCGUCCACCGGAGAAGAUCAUAAACAAGAUGGUGAAGGCGAAAUAGAAGACCCUGCCGUAGAUAGUGAUAUCGAGGAGGAGGAGACACGCCUCUUCAGCAGUCUUCAUGAGAAUGAUGAUCAUGGAGGAGAUGAACAUACAGAUUCUCAACUCGAAGAAAUGUGCACGCCAUCCAUCGUUGACGUGCGUGGCGCAGUUAAUGCGACCGAGAUUAAUACUUCUAAUGAAACUAGAGCAUCAGCUUCUAGGGCUCCUACUCACCGCACUACCACAUCAUCUACUCCAGAACAGAAACAAGAACCGUCCCCACCGGCGAAGAGAUCCAGUCCACGUUCACCUGCCAAGGAUAAUACAGCCAUUGAUAGGAAAUCUUACCCUUUGAAAAAACGGUUCAAGGAAAACGGUAACGACCAAACAAUAUUGACUGCCACUACCAACCCGUCCAAGCCUUUGGUCCUUACCUUGCACAAGAGGCGUAGUAGCAAGACACUUGAAAAACAUGAAACUCAGGUGGCCCCCAACAAACCAUCAACAUCGUCAAAAAUAAAUUCUGAGGAUGACGAUGAUGAUGAGGAUAUUUACAUAGACUUACUGGCAAAGUCGGCCAAUGGUUCUCCUAAAAGUAAAACUGCAAAGAUCCAAGAGGUCGUAAAGCCACCAGAAGAUUUGGCAACACCAGGCAGUGACGAAGAAGAAGUCAUUUGCGCUGUGUGUGCUGACCCGAAUGUUGAAAAAGAUAACGAGAUCCUUUUCUGUGACAAAUGCAAUGUUCCUGUUCACCAGGCCUGCUACGGAGUUCAAAAAAUACCAAAGGGAAAUUGGUACUGCAAUCCAUGUAAUGCUAACUUAAACACUGCCGAACUCCCGUGUCGCCUCUGUCCUAAUAAGGGGGGAGCACUCAAGCCUGUUCUCUCUCCAAGUAUGAACACAUGGGCACACGUAUUCUGUGCCUGGUGGAUCCCGGAAGUAAAAAUGCAGUCGACGAAAUUACAAGAGCCGAUAAUGGGAAUUAGCUCGAUUGACAAGCGUCGAUUAGCAUUAGUCUGCUGUAUUUGCAAAGUGAAGAUGGGAGCACCCAUUCAGUGCAAAUAUGGACCAUGCAAAAGAGCCUUCCAUCCAACGUGUGCUCGCGCUACGGGACUAAGAAUGGACAUGGCAGACGGUGACGCAGACGCCGAUUUGAAGUUGGAAGCAUUUUGCGAAACGCACUCGCGUGUUGGCAAGAAAGUUAAAGCAAAAGCCAACAAAAAUAAGUAAUACUUUUUCCUUCCGUUAUAAUAUACCUUAUAAUCUAUUUAUUUAAGCCGUCCUGAGGUAAGGAUUUCAAACAAUUAUCCUGUAGGAGUUUGACACUUUUAUGUCAUCGAUCAAUUAUCACUCACUUAUCAAUUAAUAGCUUAGGAAAAAAUGCAGAAAAUUGCAGUGUACAUCAUCUUGCUCAACAGUAACUUGUUUUUCUACAAUGACAUGCAGAUAUAUAUAAUCGUUAAUCAUGAACUGAACAUCUUGUUACAUUAUGUCUUUAAGAAGCCUUUCAUAAUAUUUAUUUAUGUAAAAAAUCACUAUUUGGCAAUAAUAAAGACUUAAAUUUUCGUCCAACAAAACAA